AUGGAGCCCUACGAGGAAGAUCCGCCUGCGGUGGAGGACCAGGACCAGGAGAAUGAGCACAGCACUGAAAAGAUUGUCAAUGAAGAGUACAAGACAUGGAAGAAGAACGCCCCGUUUCUCUACGACAUGAUUCUCAGCACAGCUCUAGAAUGGCCUACACUCACAACCCAAUGGCUUCCAGACAAGCAAGAAGUUCCUGACAAGCCUUAUUCGACCCAUCGCCUAUUAAUCGGUACCCACACGGCCGGCGAUGCUCAAAAUUAUCUUCAGAUUGCUCAUGUGCAGCUCCCCAACCCCAAUGCUGCCAACCCAGAAGACUACGAUGAGGAGAGGGGUGAAAUUGGUGGAUAUGGCGGUGCCUCCAAGAAACCCCAAAUGGAGAUCAAGUUCAACAUUGCCCAGAAAAUUGAUCACAAGGGAGAGGUGAACAAGGCACGAUAUCAGCCACAAAACCCUAACAUCAUCGCGACCAUGUGCACAGAUGGUCGGGUGAUGAUCUGGGAUCGUUCUAAGCACCCGAGCCAACCGACUGGAACUGUGAACCCACAGAUGGAGCUUCUGGGCCACGAAGCGGAGGGUUUUGGACUCAGCUGGAAUCCCCAUGAAGCUGGUCACCUUGCCACAGGUAGCGAGGACAAGACGGUUCGCCUCUGGGAUUUGACGACAUACACAAAGGGCAAUAAAGCCCUUCGCCCGACCCGCACCUAUACCCACCACUCCUCGAUCGUUAACGAUGUUCAGCACCAUCCUCUCCACUCAUCCCUUAUCGGAACUGUGUCCGAUGAUAUCACCCUCCAGAUUCUUGACGUUCGUGCAGCCGACACGACCCGCGCUGCGGCAUCUGCUGAAGGCCAGCACCGUGAUGCAAUCAACUCAAUCUCUUUCAACCCCGCUGCCGAGACUAUUCUGGCGACUGGAUCUGCAGACAAGACCAUCGGAUUGUGGGAUCUGCGAAACCUCAAGACGAAACUCCACUCGCUUGAGGGCCACACCGAUUCUGUUCAGUCAGUCUCUUGGCAUCCGUUUGAGGAGUCCGUUCUGGCCAGUUCCAGCUAUGACCGUAAGAUUAUGUUCUGGGAUCUCAGCCGAGCGGGCGAGGAGCAGACUCCGGAGGAUGCUCUCUUCAUGCACGGUGGCCACACCAACCGGAUUUCCGACUUCAGCUGGAACCUCAGUGACCCCUGGGUUCUGUGCUCGGCUGCCGAGGAUAACCUGUUGCAGGUUUGGAAGGUCGCGGAUGCGAUUGUUGGCAAGGAUCUGGAGGACGUCCCUACUGAAGAACUGGAAGCAUGA